ACAGGUUGUGCAAGUUGCAGGGGAAAUGUCUUGUGUCCCUCCCUCUCUGUGCUCCUUUGUAACUGCCAGGCUCAACUGAACCCCCGGAGGACAGGGCAGCACUGAGAUUAUUGGUAAUAUCCUGCGAUGACUACAGACAAAAAUCUGAAAGAAAUCCUUCUAGAUAUACUGGACAAUCUCUCAGGGGAAAAGGAAGGAGAUCUUGAAAGAUUUAAAUUCAGCUUAGAAAAUGCUGACUAUGAAAAAAAAGCACCAAUCCCCAAAGGUCGGCUCCAGGAAGCUGAUACUCGGAUGAAACUUGUAGACCUCUUGUGUGAAUACUACAAGGAACAUGAUGCAGUGAAUGUAGCUAUAUCGGUCCUUGAAAAGAUCAAUCUCAGAGAUUCUGCUGAUAAACUCAAGGAGGCAAGAAAGAAAGCUUUGGGUCCUCAGCAAACACCUGAAACAUCAGCAAAUGCUUACAGGGUGAAGUAUAGAGAACAUAUAAAAAACAAAUACAGCGCAAUAAAAGACAUGAACGCUCGUCUUGGUGAGAACGUUAAGCUAAACAGCAGAUACACAAAACUGAUCAUUGUAAAUGAACAUCGUCACAGAAAGCAGAGAGAACAUGAAAUAAUGGCCUUGGGACGGAGACAUGCAGAAAUCAUGGCUGAGCGCGCUAGUCCUAUCACCAUAGCCAAUUUAUUUGACUCUGAUAAAGAUGGACAGUCACCACAAAUUGUCGUGCUGCAGGGAGCUGCAGGGAUUGGAAAAACACUGACAGCAAGAAAGAUCAUGUUGGACUGGGCAAAUGAAGAACUGUAUCAGAGCAGGUUUGAUUAUGUUUUCUACAUAAAUUGUAGGGAAAUAAACUUGGUCAGUGAGCAGGGAAGUGUUGAAGAUUUGAUUUUAAAGAAUUGUCCUGAUCAAAAUGCACCAACUAAAGAGAUUCUGAUGAAUCCAGAUAAACUCCUAUUCAUAAUCGAUGGUUUUGAUGAACUGAGAUUUUCCUUUAAUCAACCAACAGGUAAUCUGUGCUCUGAUCCCUGUAAGAAGCAGCCAGUGGAAAUCAUACUGAGCAGUUUAUUUGGAAAAGAAGUGCUUCACAAAUCAUACUUAAUAAUUACUACAAGACCAACUGCCCUGGAGAAACUUGGGCAGUGUUUGAAAGAUGGACAUUGUACAUAUGCAGAGAUCUUGGGAUUUUCUGAACAUGAGAGAAAAGAAUAUUUCUACAAGUUUUUUGGGAAUGAAGAACAAGCAAGAAAAGCCUUUAACUUUGUAAAAGACAAUGAAAUGCUGUUCACCAUGUGCUUUAUCCCCAUUGCGUGUUGGAUCAUCUGUACAGUUCUGAAACAGCAGAUGGAAGCAGGUGAAGAUCUUGCACAAACUUCUGAUACAAUCACUGGUGUCUACAUGCUCUAUCUCUUCAGUUUAUUAGAGGGUCACAGCAGCAAUUCAGAGAAACAACAGGUACAAGGUAACUUGAAGGGACUUUGCUCUUUGGCUGCAGAUGGACUCUGGAGGCAGAAAAUACUGUUUGAAGAAGAAGAUGUCAAGAAACAUGGCUUAGAUAAACCUGAUUCCCUCUUUCUGAAUGAGAACAUGUUUCAAAAAGGCAUAGUCUGUGAACGUGUUUACAGCUUCAUUCACUUGAGUUUUCAAGAGUUUUUUGCAGCUUUGUUUUAUGUGUUGGAGAAAGAAGAAACAGCAAAAAAAUCAGAAACCGCUAUACAAUCUGUGGAAAAAUUGUUUGAAAAGUGUGGAAAAUCUAGGAAUUAUUUAAUGUUAACAGUGCAAUUCCUGUUUGGUCUCUUAAAUAAAAAGAGAAUGGAGAACAUGGAGAAAAAUCUUAGCUGCAAAUUUUCACCCAAAAUUAAAAAUAAUUUACUAAUGUGGGUUAAAGAAAAACCCUUUUUGUCAUUGUUCAACUAUGAUAAAUUGCUUUCUGAUAAGGAGGAGAUGAUUUUCUAUCUGGAUUAUUUUUACUGUUUGUAUGAAAUUCAAGAAACCAAAUUUGUGCAGAGUGCAAUGAAUCAUUUCACGGAGCUAAAAUUUACUCAUCAUACCUUUACCAAAAUGGAUCAAAUUGUUCUUCAGUUCUGUAUAAAGAAUUGCUGUAAACUGGAGUCCGUUCACAUAGAGAAGUGUAGGUUUCUAACUGAAGACCCGAAUGAAGAUUCCCCAGGACCAUGCAAGUGGCCACUUCGGUUGGAGUGGUGUCAUCUCACAGACGCUGGCUGCAGGGCUCUUUCCGCUAUUCUCAGAACCACCCAGAGCCUGACAGAGCUGAAACUGCCUGAUAAUAAACUGGGAGAUGCUGGAGUGCGGCUGCUAUGUGAGGGACUGAAACACCCAAACUGCAAACUGCAGACACUGGACUUGUGGAAAUGUCGUCUCACGGGCGCUUGCUGUGGGGAUCUCGGCGCUGUUCUCAGAACCAGUCAGAGCCUGACAGAGCUCAACCUGGGUGGUAAUAAACUGGGCGAGGCCGGAGUGCGGCGGCUGUGCGAGGGACUGAAACACCCGAACUGCAAACUGCAGAGACUGCUAAUGUGGAGCUGCGAUGUCACAGACGCAUGCUGUGGGGAUCUCGCCGCUGUUUUCAGAACCAGCCAGAGCCUGACAGAGCUGGACUUGGGUGCUCAUUAUUCUCUGGGAGAUGCUGGAGUGCGGCGGCUGUGCGAGGGACUGAAACACCCGAACUGCAAACUGGAGAGGCUGAAAUUGUGGAGUUGUCAUCUCACAGAUGCUAGCUACGGGGAUCUCGCCGCUGUUCUCAGCACCAGCCAGAGCCUGACAGAGCUGAACCUGAGUCAUAAUAAACUGGUUUCAGUCUCUAAGGUGCCACAAGUUGUUUUUGAUAAUAAACUGGGCGAUGCCAGAGUGCAGCUGCUGUGUGAGGGACUGAAACACCCAAACUGCAAACUACAGAAAUUGGAGUUGUGGGACUGUGGUCUCACAGACACUGGCUUCGGGGAUCUCGCUGCUGUUCUCAGAACCAACCAGAGCCUGACAGUGCUCAACCUGGGUGGUAAUAAACUGGGAGAUGCCGGAGUGCGGCUCCUGUGUGAUGGACUGAAACACCCAAACGGCAAACUGCAGAAAUUGGAGUAA